AGGCGUCCUGUCGCUUUAAGUUCGAAGUCACGCGCGGGCGCCCAUUCUCGCGAUCUCCGAGGUCACAUACAUAUCUCCCACAAUCCUCUUUCCUUUCUCUCUCCGCCGGCUGCUCAAGAUGCCCAAAGGGAAGAAGGCCAAAGGGAAGAAGGUGGCCCCGGCCCCUGCUGUGGUGAAGAAACAGGAGGCCAAGAAGGUGGUCAACCCCCUGUUCGAGAAGAGGCCCAAGAAUUUCGGCAUCGGACAGGACAUCCAGCCCAAAAGGGACCUCACCCGCUUUGUCAAAUGGCCCCGCUACAUUCGUCUGCAGCGGCAAAGGGCUAUCCUCUACAAGCGGCUGAAAGUGCCUCCCGCGAUUAACCAGUUCACCCAGGCCUUGGACCGCCAGACAGCUACUCAAUUGCUUAAGCUGGCCCACAAGUACAGACCAGAGACAAAGCAAGAGAAGAAGCAGAGGUUGCUGGCCCGAGCUGAGAAGAAAGCUGCGGGUAAAGGGGAUGUCCCCACCAAGAGGCCACCUGUCCUCCGAGCAGGGGUUAAUACUGUCACCACCUUGGUGGAGAACAAGAAGGCUCAGCUGGUGGUGAUCGCACAUGACGUGGACCCCAUCGAGCUGGUGGUCUUCCUGCCUGCCCUGUGCCGAAAGAUGGGGGUUCCCUACUGCAUCAUCAAGGGGAAGGCCAGGCUGGGGCGUCUGGUCCACAGGAAGACCUGCACCACCGUGGCUUUCACACAAGUCAACUCAGAAGACAAGGGUGCUCUGGCCAAGCUGGUGGAGGCCAUCAGGACCAAUUACAAUGACAGAUACGAUGAGAUCCGCCGUCACUGGGGAGGCAACGUCCUGGGUCCAAAGUCAGUGGCUCGCAUUGCCAAGCUGGAGAAGGCAAAGGCCAAGGAACUGGCCACCAAACUGGGCUGAGUGUACACUAUUGAGUUUUCUGUACAUAAAAAUAAUUAAAAAGAAUUCUUCA